CACCAAGUCACGUGACGACCGUGCGCUGUCCCCAAACUGAGCCGAGGCGCGACCGUCGUUGUGAUACUCCGCACACGUGACCGGACACUCCACGGGCACUCCCGACACCCCCAAAAGAAGCGCAAGAAACCUCCCGUGGAUUUUAUAUUUAUAAGGAACUUACCAUCGUAAACACAUUUUUUUUUAUUUUAAAGGACCCCUUUACCUACUAAGAACUAUGGAGACCACAACUGUGCUAAUUUCAGUAUUUCUUUUCGCCCUAGUGUCCACUGGUCAAGCCACCAAAUGUGAGGAUGUAGAUAUGGACUGUGGCCGGCUUGACCUGGAGAGAAACAUUUGUGCUGACCCUUAUGAUGCCAUCACGUUGUGUAUCCGAUACUGUGGUCUUUGUACAGAUCCAGCACAUCCCACUGUGUGUGAGGACCACGAUGUUGAAUGUCCAACAUUCGCCAACCAACAAUUCUGUGCACAGGAACAGGCCAAGAAACUCUGCCGGAAAACCUGCAACUUCUGCCAUAACUCGACGGUCCCGGGUUCGAAUCCAGGUCUGACAGUGCAAGGUCCCUCUGCAUCUGUGCCGCCACCUAAGGCAACACAUCCACCACCCGCUUCCAAUGGCGCUGCUAUGAUGGAGAUUCCAGACCCCAAGUGCCAUGACGUUGACGAGAGGUGCAGCGCACUCAUUCACGUACACAACUGUAUGACUGACCACUUGACCCAGAUGUUGUGUCAGAGGUCAUGUGACUUAUGUCCUUACGUGCUUGUCUCCCCUGAUUCAGCUCUAGAUGCUGGCGCUAAACCUAACAUUACUAGUCAAGUAUUGAAUACACAAUCAGAUUCAGGGCAGAUGAAGUAA